GGCGCAUUUAGUAGGCGCAUGAAUAAGACUUCCUUGUUGACAUGAAUGAUCUUCGGGUAUAGGUAUUUACGUUAAAUGUUUUAAAACGGAUAAAGCUACAAAGUUAGAGUCAUGGACGGAAACAUCGAGACACAGCAUGGCUUCAUGUCGACAGAUGAUAUACCAUUCCAUUUCUUACGAAGAGAAACACAUAGGCGAUUACUUGAUAUCUGGAGACGAAUACAUACUCAUUUCAUGAUUUACGACCGAAGGAAUAUGGAAGACGAGUUGCUUAGACUGAUAACAUUUCUUCACUUCCCAGAAUGCUCGGGACAAGACAUUCGAGUUCUAGCUAUUGCGGGAUUUUAUUACUUUGGAGAAAGAGACAUUGUUGUUUGUUAUUGCUGUGGACUAUGGAAACGAAAUUGGACGCGGGCAGAUGAGCCCUGGACCAUUCAUACUAGGUUGUCGGCUGCUUGUUUGUUCAUUCGGAACAACCGCCAGGUAAACCGACCAUAUUAUGGGAUUACCGAACGUGGAUUGAGACACUUGGAACAAACAACUGAAUUGCUGCAGCAAACAGCAAUAGCAUCUGGUCCAUCUUUUGUCAGAUCAGGAAGUGAAAUCCAGGCUGGGAUAAUAUCUGACAUAAAUCAAGUUGGAAGGGAACGGCACAAUAAUCAAAAUAUAGAGCGAAUCGAGAGACAGAAUGUUUUACCCGUAGCUAACUUACAAAUGAGAGAAACACAUGUCGGUGGUUUCCAUAUGAGCGCCGAAAGGAGAUAUGCGCAUGGAUUAUAUAUCGACAUUGAAACAAGAAUUAUAAACAUUGCAAAUGAAAGAAGAAAUAUAACCUAUAAUGCUUCACAUUUUGGGAGAGGAAUUAAUUCUACAGAGUAUGCAAACAUGGCACAAUCACAACAAUACAUGGUAUCAAGCGAGAACAGUUCUGAGCAUUUAGCAAACAUGGAAACCAGUGUUGAACGAGAAUACGUAAGUGACGAAAAUUUUGAUGAAGAGGCUGAUUGGUCUAGGGUGCAAAACUCGAGAUUGACAUUUCAUAGCAUACAGGAACAGGAACAAUCAACUUCAGGUGAUGAAACAGCGCCGAAACAAGUUAUUACAGUUUCAACAACUUUAAGAAACAAUAACUUUACACGUAGACUGUCACGAAGCAUUUCGGCUCCAUCACCACAUCAAUAUUCAUGCCGAAGUUCUAGCCAUAUAUAUUCAGAACACACAAACUAUCCAGAUGGGUCUGCAAACGCAUGUAAUUCUGAGACCUGUGUAUUUUCAGAAAGCAAUGACCUGGCAUCUGAAGAGGUCAAACACAUUGAGCAAUCGGGUUUAUCUGUCGAUAGUGAAAAUUCUUACAUAUUUUGGGCAAAUGAAACUGAAGAAAGAGCUCUACCUUCAAGCGACCAUGAAACCAACAUUGUCACUUACGACAACACCAGCUAUGGGACUCCAGAUUCGGAUGAAACCCUUCUUAAGCGUAAUCAUCUCGAUGAGGAAAUGAUGGAGGCGCAUGCAGAUAUUGAUACCAAUAAAGUUUUGGGAGUCCCCGAAUGUUAUGAUAGGACUAGUUUUACCGGUUGUGGAACCGGAACACCAACAACAAAUAUAAAGCACUCGGAAACGACUUCGGUGGAAGGCAUUGAGGAACAAUUCCAUUUAUCUGGAAACACGUACACAACUGAAUCAGAUAUAAAAUGUGAGACAGUUGCUUCACAUACUGGGAGAGGAAUUAAUUCUACUGAGUACGCAAACAUGGCGCAAUCACCACUAUACAUGGUAUCUAGCGAGAACAAUUCUGAGCAUUUCGCAAACCUGGAAACCAGUGUUGAACGGGAAUAUGCAGUUGAAGAGCAUUUUGAUGAAGAGGCUGAUCGGUCUAGCGUGCAAAACUCGAGACUGACCUUUCAUAGCAUACAGGAACAGAAACAAUCAACUUCACGUGAUGAAACAGCCCCGAAACAAGUUAUUACAGUGCCAACAAAUUUAACAAACAAUAACUUUAAACGUAGACUGUCACGAAGCAUUUCGGCUCCAUCACCACAUCAAUAUUCCUGCCGAAGUUCUAGCCAUAUAUAUUCAGAACACGCAAACUAUCAAGAUGGAUCUGCAAACGCAUGUAAUUCUGAGACCUGUGUAUUUUCAGAAAGCAAUGACCUGGCGUCCGAAGUGGUCAAAGACAUUGAACAAUCGGGUUUAUCUGCCGACAGUGAAAAUUCUUACCUAUUUAGGGCAAGUGAAACUGAAGAAGGAGCUCUACCUUCAAGCGACCAUGAAACCAACAUUGUCACUUACGAUAACACCAGCUAUGGGACAUCAGAUUCGGAUGAAACCCUUCUUAAGCGUCAUCAUCUCGAGCAGGAAAUGAUGGAGGCGCAUGCAGAUAUUGAUACCAAUAAAGUUUCGGGAGUCCCCGAAUGUUAUGAUAGGACUAGUUUUACCGGGUGUGGAACCGGAACACCAACAACAAAUAUAAAGCACUCGGAAACGACUUCGGUAGAAGGCAUUGAGGAACAAUUCCAUUUAUCUGGAAACACGUACACAGCUGAAUCAGAUAUAAAAAGUGAGAAAGUUGCUUCACAUACUAGGAGAGGAAUUAAUUCUACUGAGUACGCAAACAUGGCGCAAUCACCACUAUACAUGGCAUCUAGCAAGAACAAUUCUGAGCAUUUAGCAAACCUGGAAACCAGUGUUGAACGGGAAUAUGCAACUGAAGAGCAUUUUGAUGAAGAGGCUGAUCGGUCUAGCGUGCAAAAUUCGAGAUCGACCUUUUAUAGCAUACAGGAACAGGAACACUCAACUUCACGUGAUGAAACAGCCCCGAAACAAGUUAUUACAGUUCCAACAACUUUAAGAAACAAUAACUUUACACGUAGACUGUCACGAAGCAUUUCGGCUCCAUCACCACAUCAAUAUUCAUGCCGAAGUCCUAGCCAUAUAUAUGCAGAAAACACAAACUAUCAAGAUGGAUACCAUCGCAGCGCAAAUGAAUCUACAAAUGCAUGUAAUUCUGAGACCUGUGUAUUUUCAGAAAGCAAUGACCUGGCAUCUGAUGAAGUAAAUGAAGGUUCAUCAGUGAUUUCAGUUUCGCAUGUCAAUGAUAGAGCACGAGUAGAGACGGAAGAGACAGAGAUCACAGAAGAAGAAUGCAACAAAUGUAAAGAAAGGUCUACGCAAAAUGAAAAUAACUUAAAAAAUGUAUCAGUUCUCUUGAACCGACCUAACGAAACAGAAAUAUUAACGCCAGAGUUCAAUUCCAUUCAUCAACAAAACAUUGCAAGUAUAGCACAAAUGCAGAGGAAGCCAGAUGCAUUCCAAAAAGCUUCUCCACUUGAUAUUUCGUAUGAAGCUCCGAUGCAUGAUCUUGUUUUGAAGUCUAAUGACAGUUCAAAAGCUGACCGAGAGAGACAGCCUGGAGCUAUGUUUCAAAAUGCAGAACUUAUUGAUGCCUUACACAACCAGGAAGGUUUCGACGAAUCAGACAAAACCGAAAAACAACCACAUGAAAAUGUCUCUGUCGUACUAAGAGGACCUGAAAGCUACAUGGGUUGUGACGACAUUUGCCUACGACCAAAAUCAAAAUCUAGACAACGCCACUUUUCGGAGGGUGACAGUCCACAUUUGAUUCCUACAGUUCCGAGAGCAGAGUCAAGACGGCGAGCAGUCAAAAACAACUCUGCAGAUACUGGAUUUUAUAACGCAGAUAAAGAAAUUGUUGAUGCCUUAUGCAACCAGGAAGAUAACGAAGAAUCAGGAUAUGCAGGAAUACAACCACCUGAAAAUUUGCCUGUCAUGCUAAGAGGACCUGAAAACAACAUUUGCAUACGGACAAAACUGAAAGCUAGACAACGGCACUUGUCAGAGGGUGACAGUCCAGAUUUCGUCCCUAUAGGUCCGAGACAUAAGCCCCUACAGAAUUAUCCUACAGUUGAGUCAAGACGGCGGUCGUUCAGAAACAACUCGGCUAGUCCAUCAGAACAACUGGCAGAUGCCGGUUUUUACAGCGCAGGAAAAGAUCGCAUCAGGUGCUUUUCCUGUGAAACAGAGUUUCAAUACUCCCAGCUUGAAAAUGAUAUAUGGAUUGAACAUGCUAAAGCGUCUCCAAGAUGUGAAUACUUACUUCAACGUAAAGGUCAAGACUUUGUCAAGGCGGUCCUCAGGGAUGAUGCCAUACUUGUACAACUUCAUCUGAAAAUCUUGACUACAGAGUCCCGAAGAAUAUGCUUCAGUGCAGAUAGAACAAGUGAAGAUGAGAAUGAGGCUGUCAGCGAAGAAGCUUUGGAGGGAGUUGUACUUAAAUGCGACUAAAAACAAGUGGCUUUGAAAGGGCAGAUAUACUACUUCCUUUGGAUUGAUGUGUGCAGAACUGUUUUUGAUUAGAUUUAAUUAUUAAAAUUAUAAACAAUGUACCAACCGUGCAAAUAAGAUUCAGCUCUGAAAAAAAUACAGAUCGAUAAAUAUCCACAAACUACUGUGUUCUGUUUGGACCAUCGAAAUUUUUAUUCCUGAAUGGGCCAUAACUCGAUAGUGUGAUGAUGAUGUUGAAACCACAAUGGUGGUUUCGUGUUUCUAUCAUCGUAUUUUGACUUUCGUAAUCGUAGUUUUGACUUUCAACAUCGUAGUUUCAACUCACCAUCGUGGUUUCGACUUUCACCAUCGUGAUUUCGACUUUUGUUGAAACAACGAUGACGAAAGUCGAAAGCACUAUGAUGAAAACACGAAACCACGAUAAUGAAAACCUGAAAUGAUAUCGGGUUUCAGUGAUUUCGACUUUCACCAUUAUAAUUUCAAGUUUUCACCAUGGUGAUUUCGACUUUCAUCAUUGUAGUUUCGUGAUUUUGACUUUGGAGAUUUGGGGUUCAGAAAAAAAAUAUCGAUGGUCCAAACGGAACACCAUUACAAACUCAGCACACUGAUAGUAAAAUAUAUUUGUGCUGGGCGUUAAUAUGAUUUAUUGUACCCCCCGACAACAAAGUUGUAAGGGGGGUAUACUGGUUUCAGGUUGUCUGUCUGUCUGUCCGUCUGGCCGUCUGUCCGUCUGUCCGUAGACGCAAUCUUGUGCGCACCGUCUCUCCUUAUCCCCUUGACAGAAUUUAAUGAAACUUCACACAAUUGAUCAGUACCAACAGUAGUUGUGCAUGGGGCAUGUUAGGUUCUUUUAGAAAAAAAAAUUGCAGAGUUAUGGGACUUUGUUUUUUUGUUACUAUACUAUAUACACAGAGACAAUCUUGUGCGCACCAUCUCUCCUCAUCCCCUUGACACAAUUUAAUGAAACUUUACACAAGUGAUCAGUACCAACAGUAGUUGUGCAUGGGGCAUGUUAGGUUCUUUUAGAAAAAAAAUUUGCAGAGUUAUGGGACUUUGUUUUUUUGUUACUAUACUAUAUACAUAGACACAAUCUUGUGCGCACCAUCUCUCCUCAUCCCCUUGACACAAUUUAAUGAAACUUCACACAAGUGAUCAGUAACAACAGUAGUUGUGCAUGGGGCAUGUUAGGUUCUUUCAGAAAAAAAAUUUGCAGAGUUAUGGGACUUUGUUUUUUUGUUACUAUACUAUAUACAUAGACACAGUCUUGUGCGCACCAUCUCUCCUCAUCCCCUUGACACAAUUUAAUGAAACUUAACACAAGUGAUCAGUAACAACAGUAGUUGUGCAUGGGGCAUGUUAGGUUCUUUCAGCGACAAAAAUUGCAGAGUUAUGGGACUUUGUUUCUUGUUAACAUACUAUGUACAUACAGUCUGCAUAUGCAAUCUUGUGCGUGCCUAAUCUACCAAACCCUUACACACAAUUUAAUGAAACUUCACACAAGUGAUCAGUACCAAGCUUAGUUGUGCAUGGUGCAUGUUACAUUCUUUUAGAUAAAUAUUCUGCAUAGUUAUGGGACUUUGUUUUUUGCUACUAUACUGUAUACAUACAGUCUAUAUACACGCAGUCCACAUAAUUAUGCAAUCUUGUGUGCGUCAAAUUGCAUUGUACUGUGUCAGUGCAUGCGGGGGGUACAUUCAUCACCUUUAGUGAUAGCUCUAGUUUUAUUUUAAAAUGAUAUGAUGAAUACAAUAUGGUCUGAGCUAUUGUGGCAUAUUUCUGCCGCGAGAUAGCUAGGUAGCUAUCAGGAUAUUAUUGUAAAUUUUCCAAGAAAUUUGUAAUUUUUUUCUGAAAACAUUUUAGCAAAACAUUAUAUUUUCUGUCCAGAUUUUGUGUUUAAACCAUUUUGUUAUGUAUACAACUUGAUUAUUAUUCAUCAAGUUAUCAAGUUAUGGUGGUGGGGGCAUAUAGAUUUGCUCUUGUCCAUGCAUCCGUCCGUCUGUGCGUCCGUCCGAAGUUCGUGACAUGCCUAGCUCAAAAAGUAUUUGAUAUAAAUUGAUGAAACCUUGCAUGAGUCUUUAUCAUGAUAUGAACUUGCGCACCUAUUUUUCGUCUGGCUCAUCAAAAAUGCACAUUUUCACCUUGUGACACGCCUAGCUCAGAAAGUAUUUAAUAUAGAUUCUCGAAACCUUGCAUGAGUCUUAAUCAUGAUAUGAACUUGCGCACCUCCUAUUUUUCGUCUGGCUCCGCCCCCUAUUUCUAGAGUUAUGGCCCCUGAAAUAGUCAAAAAUGCACAUUUUCACCUUGUGACACGCCUAGCUCAAAAAGUAUUUGAUAUAGAUUCAUGAAACAUUGCAUGAGUCUUAAUCAUGAUAUGAACUUGCGCACCUUCUAUUUUUCUUUGGGUCCGCCCCUUAUUUUUAGGGUUAUGGGCCCUGAAAUAGUCAAAAAUGCACAUUUUCACCUUGUGACCCGCCUAACUCAAAAAGUAUUUGAUAUAAAUUGAUGAAACCUUGCAUAAAUCUUUAUCAUGAUAUGAACUUGCGCACCUCCUAUUUUUUUCAUCUGGGUCCGCCGCUCAUUUUCAGAGUUAUGGCCCCUGAAAUAGUAAAAAUAUGCACAUUUUCACCUAAUUAUCUGCCUCACUAAAAAGUAUUUAAUGUAAAUUCAUGAAACAUUGCUUGAGUCUUCAUCAUAAUGUGACCUUGCACACUUGGCAUUCUUCUUGAGAAUUUUAGCAUUUAUUACAGAGUUAUGACCCUAGAAAUAGCCAAAAUAGUGGAUUUUUUGUUUGUGAUGCUCAUAGCUCAAAAAGUAUAUGGUAUAGAAUAAUGAAUCCAUUUCAUAAUUUUUUUUGAGGCUAUACUCCAUUAAGAUUGCAACCAUUUGAAUUAUUUCCCCUUAUUUGUGACAAAUGUACCAGUGGGGGGCACACCCUGUGUCCUACAGACACAUUCUAGUUUUUUUUAAAAUAUGCCCCUUUUUCCACUUAGCAGUUUUUGGUAAAGUUUUUGUAUGUAAGCUGGUAUCUCAGUAUCCACUAAUGGGAAAGGAUUGAAACUUCACACACUUGUUCACUGUCAUGAUGUGACAUGCAGUGCAAAAGUUCAAUAACUCUACUUUGCAUUUUACAAAAUUAUGCCCCUUUUUCAACUUUGCAGUUUUUGGUUAAAUUCUUAUAUGUAAGCUGGUAUCUUAGUACCCACUUGUGGGACUGGAUUGAAACUUCACACACUUGUCCACUGUCAUGAGCUGAUAAGCACUGUGCAGGUGCCUUAACCCUGUUUUGCAUUUUUACAAAAUUAUGCCCCUUUUUUGUCUUCUGUAUUCAUUUAAUUGACAAGGCUGUUGAAGAGUCGAGCGAUGCUGUCCUCCGACAGCUCUUGUUUUAAGUAUUGCGAUAGCCACCUAGCUAUCUUAUGGCAGAAAUAUGCAACCAUAGUCAGCAGUAAAUGAAUUGUCAGAUGUCAGUGGGUGAAAUAAAUUUUCUAAUGAUGGUGAUAUGUAAAUAUUAACUGAAUUAGUAUAGAUACUUAAUGUGACUUAUUAUGAGGCUUGUACUUUGUAUUUAUGUUGUUUUUUUUUCAUCCGUCUGCUAAUACUUUUGUAACCAUGUUUAAAAAAAAACCUGUUUUGUCAUAACAAUAAGAAUUGUGAAGUAGAGGAGUACCUCUGAAAAUUGAAAUAAACAGACAAGCAAUAAGCAAGAUUAGAGGUGUUUUGUUUUUGACAGUGUAUGUCAACAGCCAAACUGUUUUAUAAAAGGUACCACUAAACUGCCUGCUUGAACUAGCAACCACAUUUUCCUUAAAGUGUUUGUCUUGGAGGUCUGCACUCAAGAGAAGCUGAUGACUAAUUCUGUCAAACAAAACCUCUUGUCUUCUGCUUAUUGCUUCACCUGUUUUUAAGCCUUUCUUGACUGUUGAUUUUCUAGUUCUUAGUAUCUAUGUGGUUUUAUUCAUACAGUAGAAAUAGAUCUUUUUUUUUUACUUUAAUGGAGAGAGACUCAUUUAUGUUACUUAUAAUUCUCAUUUAUAUAUCUUGAAAGUUUUAUAACAUGAAUUCAUUCACAAAAAAUGUCAAAAUUGAAACUUUAAAAAUGCUUGUGUCAAAAGUGGCUGAAAUUCAUAAUGGAAAAUCCCAAUCAAAAUCAUUUUCUGAUGAUACUAAUCAAGCUAUUUUAACAAUUGUCAGGAGAUCUCAAGGGAAAAUACUUUGUUACCGAAAAAGUAUACACAACUUUCUUAAAUUCUUUUGGUUUUAUAAAAGCUCAGUCUGAAAAUGCUAAAGAUGUCACAAUUACUUCAAACCACUUUUCUUGAUACGACAUUUUCAAACAGAUUUAAAGGAGUAUUUGAAUCCCUUUAGGAAUCAUAUAUAAUGUUUUCAUGUUUAGUGCAUGACUUACAUCAGAUUAAAAUGCCAUUUGAUAAAAUACAAUAAAGCUUUAGAGUUGUGUCCUUUAGUCAAAAUAACUAUUGGGAUAAUAAAAGACUGAAAUAGCUCUACUAUAAAUUAUCAUACACAUUGUAAGAGGCGACUGAUAGGUUCUUAACACUUGGUUUUGCUGUAACUUUGUGAUUCCAGCAGGUAUGCAAAUUUUGAUUCCAUACCUCAUGUUUUUAUUUCGAUGUAAAUGAGAUGUGAAACCAAAAUUUGUAGUCCUGUUUGGCACCAUAUAACCAAUACUGUGUUGGUGCGCCGUAAAACCCAAAUAAAUAUAUAAAUAAACAUUUUUCAUCUGUAUUUGAAAUUUAGUGUAUUUAAUUAAAUUUAGGUUUCAAAUCUCUGAAAUAAGCUUUGUGUUUUUAAAUUUUAAACAUUCAACAAGAAGAUUAUAAUGUUAUUAUGUCUCCCCCAUUUAUGGGGAAAACAUAUUGGUUUUGCCUUUGCCAUCCGUCUGUCCAUCCGCGUUAAGCUUGUCCAGCUUUCACAGGUCAAACUAUUGGCCGGAUUUCGAUGAAACUUCUCAGGAAUGAUCAGUACCAACCCUAGUUUGCUUAUCGCUAGCACUUUCAGCUUCGCUGCACAAAAUGGCCACCAGAGCUAAAAAUAGAAAAAUCUUGUCCGGCUUUCACAGGUCAAACUGCUAGCUGGAUUUCAACGAAACUUCAUGUGAGUGAUCAGUAUCAACCCUAGUUGUGCAUAUCACCGGCACAUUCAGCUUCGAUGCACAAAAUGGCCGCCAGAGCUAAAAAAUUUUUUAGAAAAAUCUUGUCAGGCUUUCACAGGUCAAACUGCUGGCUGGAUUUCUACGAAACUUCACAGAAGUAAUGAUCAGUACCAACCCUCGUUGUGCAUAUCGCUUGCAUGUACCGCUUUGCUGCACAAAAUGGUCGCCAGAACUAAAAAUAAAAAACCCUUGUCCAGCUUUCACAGGUCAAACUGCUGGAUUGAUUUCAAUGAAACUUCACAGGAGUGACCAGUACCAGUCCUAAUUGUGCAUAUUGCUGACACGUUGCGCCUCGUUGCACAUAAUGGCCGCCAGAGCUAAAAAUAGAAAAAUCUUGUCCGGCUUUCACAGGUCAAACUGCUGGCUGGAUUUCUACGAAACUUCACAGAAGUGAUGAUCAGUACUAACCCUAGUUAUGCAUAUCACCGGCAUGUUCCGCUUCACUGCACAUAAUUGCCGCCAGAGCUAAAA